UCCUGACCUGAGGACCGAGCAAAGAGUAUAAUGUUGACGCACAGCUGCGCUGUAUUUACACGGCGUUACAGCCUCUUUUAAGACUGCGUUCGGGAAGCGCGCUAUUAGCGCUAUUGCAGCAAUCUAUCUUUAUCGCUCAUCAGGUGUAAAACAAGGAUAAAAUAAGCAAAUAGCACUAAUAGCGUCUUCCCGAACGCACCUGCUUAAGCGUGUCCCGGAAUUGUUGUCCCCCGGAAUACCGAUGAAAGUGACUUUCUUUCUUAUAUACUUUCUCGCUUCCAACAGCAUCUUACGUUUCGUACACGAGAGAUCAGUUUCCUGCCGUCUGUCGCGCGUUUCAAACCUACCGUGUCUCCCGUUAAUUUACCUACUUAUACGAGGAUCAUUACGUUUGAUCAAUAUACAUAUAUGUACUCGUAUAAAAAUAAUACUGUAAAAUAGUGAAAAAAAAUAUGUUAUCAUUGUAAGUUAUUUCGUAACAAGCACGACGUAGAAAAUCUUUAAGAAAUGGGAAUUUUUGCACGACCGGUUCUGGAGAUUUCGGAUUCCCCGAAAGAGAUGCAGAGAACAGCGACCAACGUGUUGGCUCAAGCGCAUCAUGUAUCCAGAAUGAAACGGGGACAAGCGAUCGGCUCCGUUCGAGGAUUUCGCGGAUGUACAUUGUGGAUGACGGGGCUUUCUGGUGCCGGGAAGACCUCCAUCUCCUUUCAGCUUGAGGAAUAUCUCGUCUCUCAGGGAAUUCCCGCGUACAGCUUGGACGGUGACAACAUGCGCACUGGUCUGAACCGUAAUCUCGGCUUCAGCAAAGAAGAUCGCGAGGAGAAUGUACGUCGUGUUGCCGAGGUUGCGAGACUCUUCGCGGAUGCUGGCAUUGUUGCCCUCUGCAGCUUCGUGUCGCCGUUCGCGGAGGACCGGAAAAUAGCACGGGAAAUUCACGAAAACGCCAAUCUGCCCUUCUACGAGAUAUUCGUCGACGCGUCCCUCCAGGUCUGCGAGGCCCGCGACGUCAAAGGGCUCUAUAAGAAAGCACGUCAGGGUAUUAUUAAGGGUUUCACCGGUAUCGAUCAAAAUUAUGAUGUACCUACCGAACCCGAUCUCAUCGUCAACACGGAGAACGCGACUGUUCAACAAUCCACCGAUGUCGUCAUUAACUUUCUUCAGCGCAAAAAAAUUAUACCCAAGAUAUGCGAACUUGAGCAACCUUUUCUGGAAUUAUUUGUGAAAGAGGAUAGAUUGGACGAUGUCCGGAAAGAAAUGAAAACUCUUCCAACUUUGGAAAUUGGUAAGAUAGAUGUGCAAUGGUUGCAAGUUCUCGCUGAAGGAUGGGCGGCGCCGUUGAAAGGAUUUAUGAGGGAGAACGAGUAUCUUCAAGUGCAGCAUUUCAAUUGCCUAUUGUAUGAAAACGGUGUCCCAAUCAACCAAUCAAUUCCCAUUGUUCUUGCCGUGAGCACCGCUGAUAAAGAGCGCUGUUUCGACGCGGCUGCGCUCGUCCUCAGAUAUCAGGACAAAGAUCUCGCCGUUUUACGCAAUCCCGAAUUUUAUCUCCAUCGCAAGGAAGAACGUUGCUGCCGUCAAUUCGGCACAAAUAAUCCCGGACAUCCUUACGUCAAAUUAAUCCGAGACUCUGGUGACUGGUUGGUCGGCGGGGAUUUGGAAGUGCUCGAAAGGAUUAAGUGGAACGAUGGGCUGGACCAUUACAGACUGACGCCUAACGAGAUCAGGAUCAAGUGUCGGGAGAUUGGCGCCGACGCGGUGUUUGCUUUCCAACUGCGAAAUCCAAUACACAACGGACACGCGUUGCUAAUGCAGGAUACCAGGAAACGUCUCGAAGGGUAUGGCUACGAGAAACCAGUUCUUCUUCUUCAUCCCUUAGGUGGGUGGACUAAAGAUGACGACGUUCCCCUAUCGGUCAGAAUACAGCAGCACGAGGCUGUCCUCGAGGAGGGUGUCUUGCACGAGGAUACUAUACUCGCUAUCUUCCCUAGCCCUAUGUGCUACGCCGGCCCCACAGAAGUACAAUGGCAUGCCAAAGCUCGUAUGAUCGCAGGAGCAAAUUUCUAUAUUGUCGGACGAGAUCCUGCCGGCGUCCCUCAUCCUGAUAAAUCCGCCACGACAGACGGCAAUCUCUACGAUGCUACUCACGGCGCGCGAGUCCUUUCACUGGCGCCAGGUUUGCAGAAUCUCGAAAUUAUUCCUUUUAGAGUAGCUGCUUAUGACAUGAAAACGAAGAAAAUGUCUUUCUUCGAAGCUGAACGACAACAAGAUUUUAUUUUCAUUUCCGGUACCAAAAUGCGCAAUUUGGCAAAAAAUGGCGAAGAUCCUCCCGAAGGUUUCAUGGCACCGAAAGCGUGGAAAAUUGUUAUGAAAUAUUACCAAACUGCACUUACGUAAUUAAAAAGCGGACAGAAUAAAUAAUUAUUGUUUAUGUAUAGCUUUACAUAACUGACAUUGAUAUUGUAUAAAAUAUUGUAAAUUUUAAUAACACGCGCGCGGACAGUAAAUAAUAUAAUGAAAUAAAGUAUAUAGGUAUUAUAUAGGUAAACUAUGGAACUGCAAAAAUAAUGAAACAAAUUAUGCAUUUUCUUCUAGUCUAUUAUCUCUGGUAUAUCUUUAUUUAUUGCAUCGAAUGACACGGAAGGACAUUUUGUAACUUAAAUAUAUUCGACAAUCAAUCGAAAGUUGCCGAUAGAAAAUAUUCUGCCAUUUAAUCCGGUAUAUCUGCAAUAUAAUAUCCCACUGUUCUUAACUUUGCCUUGUACGUUUUAUUAUGAAAAAUAAAUGAAAAAUAAAAUGAAAAAUACAUUUGCUUGAGCAAA